AUGUUAUGUGUUUCAGUAUCGAGUAUAUUAACUGAUUUCAUUGUCGGCUGGUUAUGGCUAUUUCCAAGUAGAGGAUUACCGUAUGCAACGAAAGGUAGAAUAUACUUUUCACUGAUUUUUCUAUCAUCGGCUUCAUGUCGAUUCUAUAGAUUUUUGCAUUCAUUUACUUCAACAUCGAUUGUUAAUCUUCUUGUUAUAUCUGCAGUGGAUCGAUGUUUAGCAAUUAAAGCACCUAUAAAGUUCUCAAAAGUACAGCCACAUCAUGCUUGGUGGGCUUGUGGUAUAAUAUAUGUCGUCAGUUUCUUAAUGAUGUUACCAUUUGGAAUACUCGUCACGUGGCAUCGUAUAAAAAAUGAACGCUUUUGUUGGAUUAUACCAGCAAAUGAAGUUCUGCAUGUUUAUCAUACAUUAUUUUCAAAUUUUGGACCAAUACAAACUAUCAUUUUGUUAUUUUUAAAUUUAACAUUCCUAUUAUGCACUCGAAAGUAUUUGAGAAACCGAUUUCUUCAGCAAUGCACAAAUAAUACAAAAACAAUGAGUCGUAGAGAGAUUCGAAUCUGUUUAUUAAAUCUAAUUCUAUCCUCAUUUUACAUUGCUAUCUCAUUACCACAAGCUAUAUGUUAUUUAUUGGCCAGAAUACCAAUAGCCGGUAUCACAAGAAUUCAUAGGGGGAUAGCCUAUGACAUAGCCCAUUUAAUGUGGUCAUUAAAUUCAGUACGGGAAAUUACGAAUUUUAUUAUCUAUGCUAUUUAUUUUAAACCGUUAACUGAAUUAUUACUUCAAUGUUAUUUGAAUAUUACAUUUUUAUUUUAUAGACGUUUCAAACGUUUUCUUAAUAAUAAUGGUAAUAAUAAUGAUGAUAAAGAUAACACGAUCAUUCAUGCUGUUGACAAUUCAAUGUGA